ACCAGACCGGACCGGACCAAACCCGCGCGCCGCGUUAGCGUAACGGGCCCACCAACCAACGCCGAUGGCCGGGUUCGCGCGCGCCACCGCGCCCCCGUCCCCAGCGCCGGGGACGGCGCUGCUCACCGGCGAGCGCCUCGUGGUCUUCCUCUUCGCCGCCCGCGUCGCUCUCGCCGCCCCAGCCGGCCUCGCCGCGCCGCUCGCGGCCCUCGCCGCCGCCGCCCUCGCCGUCGAGAUCGCCGUGGAUGGCUCCGCCCCCGCCUCCUCCCCGCUCCGCCGCUUCAGGACCAGGCCAGGUGCUUCAUCUGGCAUACUUCUUGGUGCCACUACUCUGCCCAGCGUCAUGCUUUCUCGGCUAAUCCAGCGGUCAAGGCUCUUGUCAGCUGAUCCUAAUGGACAUGAAGAAUUCGCAUACCUUGAAAUGCAGUACUGGGCAGCAUCAAUCAGCUGUCUCAGUGUGCUAGCUUUCUUCCUAUGGAACCUACGGCGGUCUAUCAGCAAUGGAAUUCCAAAACAUUUCAAAUACGGCUCGUUGUCGGUAGCUUUAUAUCUCGUGACAUACUUCAUGUCCUUUGUACUGAAGACUGAUGGAGGUCUGAUGGUAAUUACCAAUAUGGUGUAUAUGCUCUGCCAUGGAGUGGUUGCUGUGAUCUUAAUCAAGCAUAUUCUAGAGAAGUUUCCUUCAUGUUCAUCUUUUGGGGAGGCACUUCUGGUGUCCAGUGGUCUUGUUCUUUACUUUGGUGAUAUGUUGGCCCAUACUCUUUCAAAGAUGGAUUUCUCUAUGUCAUCAAAAGCAUUCAUUCACACACCUGGAACUAGAAGCGAUAUGACCACAAUUAUUCAGGGGAAUUUACUUGGGCUUUUUCUACUUCCGUUGCUGUACAAAAGUUUGCUUCAAUUUUGGGAUUACUGUAGAAUGGAGGGGAAGCAACAAACACAAGUAGCUGAGGAACAUACACCGAAAAGAAUUGGUGCUGCUGUAUUCUAUAUCUUGUUGGUGGUGGUGUUAAUGUUUUUAGUGCCAUCAUGGACACACCUUGUUCAAGGUCUCAAAGUGCAUCCUUUUGUUUGGAUUAUUAACUACAUGUUCACUGAUUCACAUGAACACCUUGCUUUAUGUGCAUACUGGAUAUGUGUGAUAUAUGUAUCAGUUAGACGGUUCUACAGCAUAUCAAAGCAAAGCAAAACAGAGAGGAUUCUUUUGCGCAAGUAUUACCAUCUUGUCGCUGUUCUAAUUUUCUCUCCUGCAGUUAUAUUUCAGCCUGCAUUCUUGGACUUGGCAUUUGGUGCAGCAUUUGCAGUUUUCUUAACACUGGAGAUGAUACGAAUUUGGGAAAUAUACCCUCUUGGGCAUGUUGUGCAUCAGUUUAUGAACGCCUUUACCGACCAUCGUGAUUCUGAAAUUCUUAUCGUCAGCCAUUUUUCACUCUUACUGGGCUGUGCACUUCCUAAAUGGAUGUCAUCUGGACUAAAUGACCGACCGCUUGCCCCUUUCGCUGGAAUUCUCAGUUUAGGGAUAGGUGAUACCAUGGCAUCAAUGAUAGGGUACAAGUAUGGCGUGUUAAGAUGGAGCAAGACAGGAAAGAAAACAAUUGAAGGCACAGCAGCAGGCAUAACUUCUGUGCUUGCAGCCUGCUCGAUUCUGGUGUCACUCUUAGCUUCCAGUGGAUACAUUCUUUCACAGAAUUGGUUAUCGCUAUUGAUAGCUGUAACACUGAGCGGAUUAUUAGAGGCAUAUACAGCACAGCUCGACAAUGCUUUCAUACCUCUCGUGUUCUAUAGUCUUCUAUGUCUAUAGGAGUAACCUUCUAUACAUCAAACUGACCUUGAGGUCCUCUUUUUGUUUGCUAAUAUAUGCUAGUAUAUAGUGAGAUAUGUUAUUUCAACAUGAUUCGGACUCCUUGGCGCAUCAACUGCCUGAUUGAACUGAUCACAUUCUCUGUGAUCUCUAUUCAGAAGUUCAGGAGAGGUGCUCGUGGUUGAAACAGUUGGUAUAGGGUAGGAACAGAAGUAGGAAAAUAUAUAUGUUCUCCAAUAGAUUGCAUUUUUGGCAUAGUUGACUGUACAUAAAGUAUUAUCUGAACCUGUCAUUGUAAUAUACAUGUUGUUCCUCCAAACAAUUUGUGGGCACGGUGCUUCUCUUACUUGGGCCGCCCACGGGUAAGAAUGGAGAAGGUGACUGGGUGGGUCUGCGAGUUCAUAUA